AUUGUAGAAAUAGGCAGGCAAGCUUGCUAGCCCCCAAAAAAUGUACAACUUCAAGUUGCUCAACUGUUGCACAGAUCAUCAACUACUGCAUUUGAAGACACUGCCACCUGCUGACAUGUGCCUCAAAUGUGAUUAUCAAAGAGUCCUCAACAGACAUUUGAGUUAGAUAGAUAGCUACAUAGAUUUGAUUUGACAGUUAUAAGUUACAACCAGGGGGAAGAUGCCACCAGUCCGGUCCCAUACACGACUUUCUUGUGACGUAUUAUGCGCGGAGACCUUUUGUGACGUCACCAAGCAUCAAUUCGCUACAUAAACUGUGUUCAGCUUUGAUAUAUAUCAUCAGUACAAUCUCUUUUUUCAAUCAGGUUGUUUCAGGUAAUCUUUUGCCGCAUAGUCUGCCCUAGCUGACGCUGUGCAGAGAAUACUACGAUUGGAAACGGUUGGUUAGACCCGUUCGCACUGCACAAGUUGAAUCCAGUGAGGGUGAACACCCCUGAUUCUGUGAUGUGGCCAACCGGUAAGGUGCACAGAAGACCAAGGCCUUCUACUUCAGCGCAGACCCCUCAGAUCCACAAAAGGCCUCCAAUCAUUGAGAGCUGUGGGCAGGAACAGACAUCUGGGGAUGGACGGGACAUCAAUCCAGAGCCUCUCAGCCAGUCUGGAAGGGUGACUCGGCUGAUGGAGAGAAAUUAUGAUGGGGUCAUCUCAUCCUCCAACUCUGAUGACAUCUCUAUCUACUCCUUCACUGACUGUGAAUCUGAGUCUGAUGAUGAGGAUCAUGAAAGGAGGACACCACCGCUGAUAGUGAAGGAUGAGGAGGAUGGAAAGGUGACAAAGUUUGAAGUGAGGGAUAUGGUAGAGGACGACAAUCUGUCUCUCCACUCCUUGGAUGAAUCAGACUUUCUGAUUAUUGUGGCCAAGCCCAACAUCCUUCUCCCUGCCUCUGUGAGUGCCCUGAAGAAGGCAUCACGCCUGACGGAGUUGGUCCCUACUGUCCGGCCCUGCAAGGAGCAGCAGGACAAGAAGACACAGUGGACCAACACCAACAAGGAGAGCCUGAGGAGGAUUAAAAAAAACUGGCCUCCAUAGAGCUCGACCUGGAGGAAGGCCUGAAGAAGGUCAAUGACGGUCAGGACGUCAACCAAGAGAGGCAGAAGAAUGAGGGAUGCUUCAGAGCCUGGAUUGAGAAGUGGAUGGGGAGGAGGAAGGAGGAAAGACUGAGGGAUGAAGAUGUGAAUAGGGAAGACAAAGGGAGGAUGGGCGAAGAGGUGAGGGCACUGAUCCAAGUGAUGAAGAGAAACUGCAGUGAACGUGAUCUUGAGGCAGUAAACCUGGACACUUGGCUGAAUGACUUGGAAAGGUUGAAAGUGGCCUUCAAGAAAUGCACUGGAGAGAUGGCCAAAAUGAGCCCAGGGAAAGUCUCUGGUCCUGUGUCUGGCCUCUCUCCUCUUGUGACCUCAGGACCCCGGACCCUGGCUGAAGCCCUACGGGCCCUGCCCUCUGCUGUGGCCCGUCCCUCCCAAAAGGAUGUCCCAAAGCCUCCGACACCUCCAAGCCCCGUCUCUGUCAUUGUUGCUUUGCCUGCUGUGGAGUACUUACCAUACCACCGCAGCCCUCGCCUGGCCCCAAUCACCAACCUGAGUGAGAACGGCAGGAAGCUGCUCCAGAAAAUGUCAGGAGUGACCCCACAGGAAGGGAAGGUCAAAAGGAAAAGAGCAAGGGAAAAAAGCAAGUGAAGAAAGAGAAGGCCAGCAAGAUGCAGCAGGUGGAAAAUGUUGGAGAAAGUAAGGAGGACAAGAAAGAGGAAAAGAAGAGUCUGAGGAAGAGGUUUCUCCAGUGGCUGCUGCCCAAACUGAGAUGUUCGAAGAAAUAAUGGCCUACUACUACAACACACACACACACACACACUCGAACUUCAGAGCUAUAGCGGCUUAUAACCACACUGACAUAAUAAAAUGUAAAAUAAACGUUA